CCCAUAGCCUUACGGUUCCCAAUCCCUUUUCUCUCCACACCUUCUUUUUUCUUUUCUCUCCCAUUUUUUUCCCACAAUUAUCAGUAAAUUAUAAAUGAAAUUCAUCAAAAACCUUAUAUAAAUUCCGAUCAUUCCUCUGUUAAUUAAUUAUUACAAAAGUCAAAAUCAUAAAGGCAGUUUAAUCGCAAUUACAUGAUCGUAAUCUCCACUGGUUCUGGGCUCCAUUUUGCGGAAUAAGCAAUGGAAUUCGGAUGUUAUUUCGCGUACAAAUUUCAAGGGAUUAUCGAUUGUGUAACAUGUGCUAUUUGGACUUUUGGGUUAGGUUUGGAAAUACCUGCACUGUCUUUUGAAGGGGCUGUAGCAAAGAUUGGAAACCGAGAGUCGAUAGGUUCUUUAUACGGGGCAUGAAAUUAAGAUAGGUUCCCCCAUCUGUUAAAUUAAUGCUGUAUGUGUAUAUUUAUAUCAUGAUAGGUUUUUUGGAUUGCUGGUUAUAAGUUUGUUGUAUUGAAUAAGAUAGUUAUAUACAGUAAAAAGUUAGUUUUAAUAAGUUUUAGGAAGGAAUAAAUAAGUUUUAAGUUAUGGGCCUGCCUCAUGUUUCUUCCUCUGGCAAAAUUGCUGAGGAAGUGACGGCAUCUUUUGGCACUUCGGUCCAAUCCCCACCUCGUUUUCAUGGAUUAAACACCUGUGACAUGAGUGGAAUGUAUGCCAGUCGUGUGUCUGGAGAACUUUCAAGAGAGCCAGAUAUUUCCAACUUGCACAUAGAUAAACAUGUCAAUUGGCAAAAACUUAGUUCUACAGAUAAGGUCUCAACGUUCACACGUAGAACUGGACGAAAUGUCCAAACUGCUGUUUCAAGAAUAGUGGGAUUUGAAUCGAAGGCAACAAGUUCUGCUGGUUUUGCCUUUGAUAAUAAUAGUCUUUCCUCUAGUGUGGGUAGUAGCAGUACUGAUAAAGUGACGGAUAACACUGGAAUUGUGGUUAAGAAAAAGUUAUCAUCAUCUUUGAAUGGUUUAAUUCUACCAAAUGAAUUCGACAGCGAGUCUCAGGAUGGCUCUCAGGUUAGUUCUGGUAAGAAUCUUAUUGCUGCCUUUGAAGAGCAUAAGAUUAAUAAUAUAGUGAUGCCCAAGUUUGUGACUCCUUUUGUGCUAUCACCAUCUAGUUUUGAACAAUGGAGGAAUGGGGAAAGUGUAAUAUAUGGGAAAAACACUGAUGGGCCUUUGCUUGAGAACACGGAUAUUCACUCUGUUGGUUCUUUCUCGUCUUCACCUAGAGUAGAUAGCAUAAACUCUGCACUAAGUUCUUUAAAUUCACCCAUAGCCAUACCUUCAAGAAAGGUGGUAUCAUCUCCCCUUUCUUUGUCGCCACUCGGUCCAAAAUUCAGUAGAACUUCAAAAUCGUCUAGGGUUAUCACCAACGACUUAGAUGAUAGUCGUUUAAAUUUGAAGGAUAUUGAGUUCUCUCUUGAUGGAACCAUCUCUGAUAUUCUAUCCUUUCAAAGAGAAGAAGAUUCUAAAGUUGUUAGAAAAUCCGAUCAUAAUGCAAUAGAGAGUAUGAUUGAAAUGGUGGGUGACUGGGGUCAAGAUUCAACCUUUUUGACCCAAAGUCCCAAGUUAUGCAGAACUCCAAGUGGACUGCAAGUAAGAAGAUCUUGGAUUGGUUCCUUUGAGGAGUCUUUGUUAUCAGGUCGUUUAGCUUCCGGAGCAGUUACUCAGAAAAUUGACGGGUUUCUUGCGGUCCUAAACAUUACUGGUGGAAGUUUUUCACCACACCCUCAGAAACUUCCAUUUGCAGUAACUAGUGUGGAUGGAGAUAACUUCUUACUAUACUACUCAUCCAUAGACCUUGCUGGGAAAUUACCGUCAAAUAAGCAUAAAGGUGAGAAAAUGAAGAAGAGUGUUGGCAUGGAUGACCCACAAGUGGAAACAAGCCGCUUGCGUGUACCUAUGAAAGGCCGCAUACAGCUGGUUCUUAGCAAUCCUGAAAAAACUCCAAUUCACACAUUCUUUUGUAGCUAUGACUUGAGUGACAUGCCAGCUGGGACCAAGACAUUUCUGCGCCAGAAAGUCACUCUAGCUUCCACAACACCGGUUUCUAAAACAAGCAGUGAAUUAACCAGUGCUGAAUGUGGAAAAAGUGAUGCAACCAAGUCUCCUUCAUCCGUGCAAAGUUCUCCAAAAGCUAACGAGAACUCAAAUAACUCGGGGGUCCUGCGUUAUGCUCUCCAUCUUCGUUUCCUCUGUCCAUUUUCUAAGAAAAAAUCGAGGAUGGUACAGAGGUGCAAAUCAGAUCCACCUUCCGUACCAGAAGAAAUUAGCAAAAAUAUCGGAGGAGAAAGGCGGUUCUACUUGUAUAAUGACAUGAGGGUUGUAUUUCCUCAACGUCAUUCUGAUGCUGACGAAGGCAAGUUACAUGCGGAGUAUCAUUAUCCAUCAGAUCCCAAGUACUUCGACAUUAGCAACUAAAAGGCCUUGUUACAGCUCGGUUUGUUCUUCUGUAUGUAUAUUUAAAUAAAAGUAACAUUUAGUCAUCUUCUAUGUUGAUGGAGCAAACCCGCCCAUCAUUGUUGUACAGAUUAUCAUUUAGAAGUUAGAAUUUCUCAUUGAAAGGUUGAUACACCACAUGUAAAUUUGUACAUUCUUUCAAGUAAUAAAUUAACUUUCUUCAA